CGCAUGUGCAGUGCUUCCCAGAGCCCGCCAGCCCCGGUCUCCGGCGCCAGCUACGCCGCUGCCGCUGUCACUAUGGCCCAUUACAAAGCCGCCGACUCGAAGCGCGAGCAGUUUCGGAGAUACUUGGAGAAGUCAGGAGUGCUGGACACACUGACCAAGGUAUUGGUAGCCUUAUAUGAAGAACCAGAGAAACCUAAUAGUGCUUUGGAUUUUUUAAAGCAUCACUUAGGAGCUGCUACCCCAGAAAAUCCAGAAAUAGAGCUGCUUCGCCUAGAAUUGGCAGAAAUGAAAGAAAAAUAUGAAGCUAUUGUAGAAGAAAAUAAAAAACUGAAAACAAAGCUUGCUCAGUAUGAACCACCUCAGGAGGAGAAGCGUGCUGAAUAGGAUUCCUCUCAGUUGAAAAGACACUGAAAAAUGGUUUUGUAAGACUUGAAUAGUUUGUAUAGUAUAUAAUCUUUUCUGAACAGAUGCUAUAGAACUCUUUUAAUAUGUUAAAUUCACCUAUUACACUUUAACUGUUAUACACACAUAUUCUUAGAAUCACCAAUAAAAACUCAAUAUAACUUUCUUUGGGUCUUAAAAGCAGGAGAAUCCAAAGUGAAUCCUGAAAAAAAUCUAAACACAGCCAUCUACUUCAUUUCCUUAAAAGACAUUCUCUUUACUAGUCUGACUAGGAAUGGUGGUACAGGUUGUAUUUGAGCCAAGGAAGGUUAGCUUUUCCUUGGUUUAGUUCAGGAUACGAGUACAGGUAUAGUCAUUCUUUAAAAUGAAGAUGACACUGUUUGUAUUCUGUAGGCAGCUGGAGAGAUCUGUGUGACAUGAGAUGCUUUUGCAUGGGUUCCCAUGAAUCUUUUGCUCAUUUAUAUAAUGCAGAACAAAUAACUCUUCUUUGCCACCACUUUGCCUUAGGUAACCGUGGGUGUGCCACUUUGACACCAGGUUUUCCUUCUAUGCAAUCAUGCCCUGUUUGACAAUGCUGCCUUGCUCGCUCUGUGCUUCAAUGAGUCCUACUUGCACACUGGCCUUUCUGUGUUGAUUUUCAAUUUGCUAUAAUAGCAGUUACCCUUAUUGUAAUUUAUAUAACUUUAAACAGGAUCACACUGUUCCCCUACCUUAGUUGUUCAGCUGAGCACAGAACAGAGGCAAUGUAAAACUCUGGGUUCACGCACAAGCUGCGAUGAGAAGGGGAAUGAGCCAUAUAUAUCAUGGAAAAUUAUAGUCUGUGGGUAUAAUUAUAUAGUGCUUUUUUCUCUCAAAUUAUUUUUCUAGCUGUGAAUUCAUUUUAUCUUCAUUACCCCUGUGAAGUAGGUAGGGCAAGUACAAGGGGAGGUUGGGUGCUGAAUUUUUAGGUCAAAGACUGAUACUAAUACAAAUUAUUUACUACCUGCAGAACCUUGGGCACAUCACUUAAAUGCUCUGAGAUUCACUUUCUUCAUCUGUUAAAUGAGAAUAACAAUAUCUGUGCUGCCUACCUCACAGGGUUGUUGUGAGGGUCAAAUGGAAUGUAUGUGAAAGAUUUGUAAAUGGUAAAGCACUAUAUUUCUUG